GUCGGACUUACCGCAGAGCAUGCUACCCCCGGAGCUGUCCAUCCUACGGGAUUCCGGGCCGCCCCCCGGCGGACGCGGCGGGGUCUCUACGCGCCGCUCCGACCUCCCGUUCCCAUUCUUUCCGCCCGUGUCGGAUGGCCUGCCCCAACAUCUGCCGCCCUCCUUGCUGGACGAGCGUCCCUGGGAGAAGCCGGAGCCAGAAGAGCACCGGGCCGUCCUCAGCGUGGGGCUCGCCGUGCAGUGUCACGACACCAAGAUGGUGGUCAGCAUCAGCAAGGAGAGCCUCCAAGCCAAUGGAUUUGCGCACGCCAACCUGACGCUUCAAGACCCACAAUGCAAAGCGGUGGUCAACGCCACCCACUACACAUUGGAGACGCCGCUCAACGGGUGCCAGACCACCGUGUACCCCCUGCUGGGAACGUCCAACGCCCUUCACAUCAACACC